AUAUUACGUCGGCCACACAUUUGCGUUCGGCCUUCGGGUUUCUAUCCUUUGUUCCUUUCACGCGCAGAUCGGAGUUCGGGAGAUUCAAUCACAGCAACCCUAUCUUUUUCAAUUCAGGUCCCUGUACCUUCGUGUGUUUAGCUUCUGCUGAGAAAGAUGGCUUCUCGUUUUUUUGCCCAGGGUGGAAGUGACAGUGAGGACGAGAGUGAGUAUGAGGAAGAGGUCGAUGAGGUCCCAGGCGGUGAUUCUGCCGGUGGGAUUAAUUCACGUUACCUUCCAGGUAAUGCAAGUGACAGCGAUGAUUCUGAUGGGCAGAGGCGUGUGGUUAGGUCAGCCAAAGAUAAGCGUUUUGAAGAGAUGACAAGCACCAUAGAACAGAUGAAGAAUGCCAUGAAGAUCAAUGACUGGGUUAGCCUGCAGGAGAAUUUUGAGAAACUCAACAAACAGCUGGAAAAGGUCAUGAGGGUUACGGAGGCUGUGAAGGUUCCUACAAUGUACAUCAAAACCCUUGUGAUGUUGGAGGACUUCUUAAAUCAAACUCUGGCAAAUAAGGAAGCCAAGAAGAAGAUGAGCCCCAGUAACUCCAAGGCAUUGAACUCGAUGAAACAGAAAUUGAAGAAGAACAAUAAGCAGUAUGAAGAUGCAAUUAAUAAGUAUAGGGAGUCUCCAGAGAGUGAGGGAGAGAAGGAAGAGGAAGAUGAUGAAGAUGAAGAUGAGGAAGAGGAAGACGAGUUUGAGGAAGAUGUUCCAAACCUAGGGCCAGAAUCUGAAGAAGAGGACGAGGAGGAAUCUGCAGACAAGGGGGAUCGCUCGUGGGAGAAGAUGCUCAGUAGGAAAGAUAAACUUAUGGAUAAGUUGUUUAUGAAAGAUCCUAAGGAGAUUACAUGGGAUACUGUCAACAAGAAGUUCAAAGAAAUUGUGGCUGCCCGUGGUAGGAAGGGAACCGGUCGAUUUGAACAGGUUGAACAGCUUACAUUCUUGACCAAGAUUGCCAAGACUCCUGCACAGAAGCUCGAAAUCUUGUUUAGUGUUAUUUCUGCGCAGUUUGAUGUGAAUCCAGGUCUCAGCGGACACAUGCCUAUCAAUGUCUGGAAGAAAUGUGUGCAGAACAUGCUCACCAUACUGGACAUUCUUGUCAAGUACACUAACAUUGUUGUGGAUGAUACAGUUGAACCUGAUGAGAAUGAAACUCAAAAACCAGCUGAUUUUGACGGAACGAUUCGGGUCUGGGGUAACUUGGUUGCCUUCUUAGAGAGGAUAGAUACCGAGUUUUUCAAGAGCUUGCAGUGCAUAGAUCCUCACACUCGCGAGUAUGUAGAGAGACUGAGGGACGAACCCAUGUUUUUGGCUCUUGCUCAGAACAUUCAGGACUACAUAGAGCGAGUUGGGGAUCUUAAAGCUUGUGCCAAGGUAGCCUUAAGACGAGUUGAGCUUAUUUACUACAAGCCACAGGAAGUUUAUGAUGCUAUGAGGAAAUUGGCUGAGUUGGUGGAAGCAGAUGAAGAAAGUGAGGAACCGAAUGAGGGAGCUGGACCUCCAUCUUCCUUCAUCGUCGUUCCGGAGGUGGUCCCUCGUAAGCCCACCUUCCCAGAGAGUAGCCGAGCUAUGAUGGAUAUUCUCGUGUCUCUUAUUUACAAGUACGGAGAUGAGCGGACCAAAGCCCGUGCAAUGCUUUGCGAUAUCUACCACCAUGCUUUGAUGGACAAGUUUUCGACUGCUAGAGAUUUGUUGCUGAUGAGUCAUCUGCAGGACAAUAUUCAGCACAUGGAUAUCUCGACUCAAAUCCUCUUCAACAGGACCAUGGCUCAGCUCAGUCUCUGCGCAUUCCGGGCUGGAAUGAUCACUGAGGCUCACAGCUGCCUUUCUGAGCUGUAUUCUGGUCAAAGGGUGAGGGAGUUGCUCGCUCAAGGUGUCUCUCAAAGUCGGUAUCAUGAGAAGACCCCCGAGCAGGAAAGGUUGGAAAGAAGAAGACAAAUGCCGUACCACAUGCACAUAAAUCUCGAGCUUCUGGAGGCUGUUCAUCUCAUCUGUGCAAUGCUGCUGGAGGUCCCCAACAUGGCGGCCAACUCGCAUGACGGCAAACGCAAGCUGAUAAGCAAGAAUUUCCGCCGCUUGCUCGAGAUGAGCGAGAGGCAAGCAUUCACCGGCCCUCCCGAGAAUGUACGUGACCACGUGAUGGCAGCCACCCGAGCCCUCACCAGAGGGGACUUCCAAAAGGCCUUUGACGUUUUGAACUCCCUCGAUGUCUGGAGGCUGCUCAAGAACCGGGAAACCGUCCUGGAUAUGGUGAAGGCCAGGAUCAAAGAAGAGGCACUAAGGACGUAUCUCUUUACGUACUCGACCUCUUACGAGUCGAUGGGCCUCGACCAAUUGGCAAAGAUGUUUGAUUUAUCCGAGGCAGAGGUCCACAGCAUUGUGAGCAAGAUGAUGGUAAACGAAGAGAUACAUGCGAGCUGGGACCAGCCAAGCCGAUGCAUAGUCUUCCAGGAAGUGAAGGAGAGCAGGCUACAAGCACUGGCCUUCCAGUUAACGGAGAAGCUAUCGAUACUGGCAGAAAGCAAUGAGAGGGCAAUGGAGGCGAGGACAGGUGGUGGAGGACUUGAUCUUAACGCAAGGAGAAGGGACAACACACAGGACUAUGCGGCGGCUGUAGCAGGAGGAGUGUCAUCAUACACACAAGGAAGACGAGGAGGAGGUGGGCGAAUGUCGGGGAUUGGUCACCAGAACAGGGAAUGGAGUGGUCAGAACCGAAGAGGCGGCUCGGGGAACAGCUCGGGCCGCAUGGUCAGUCUUAACCGAGGAAACCGUGCCUAAGAGAAUUCGGUGGCUGAGAAGCAACAACCCCCCCUUUUUUUUUGCGUCAGAGGACUUGCUUCUGUUUUGAUCGAAACCAAAUGGAUAAGUAGUCGGAGGAGAACAAGCUUUUGUUGUUCGCAUUGGUUCCGUUUGUGUUUUCCUCAAUAUUAAAUCUCGAAUUACAAAUUUUUUCAGUCGGACGUUUUCUUUACGAUCUUAUUUCUGCUCAUGAGUACAAGAGUUCAUUA